AUGAGCGUCACCAGCAGCGUGACCCUUCCAACCAAAACCAGCAACCAGAACGUUGUCAUUUUCCUAGAAUUUAGCAGUAACCAGAUCCUUAUUUACCUUGAAGAAGUUCAGGCAGCCACCGUUGGGAAGAAGGGCCGUUAUUUUCCUGCCGUUCUGGAUCAGCCGGACGCUAACAUGUUGCCAGAUGGAAGAGCUGGGCUGCUUCGCUUCCACGGGUCCAUCCGGCGGAGGAGCAAACUGGUCACCGAGCAGCAGUUCCUUCGCGUGGGGCAGCCCCACGGGAGAACUAAAAGGAGGAGGUUGAAGGGAAAAAAGAGGGAGAAUUGGGGCUUUGACUACCUUGUCUGGUACCUCAGAGCCUGUGGCUUUCCCUCACUUGAACGGCAAGUGCUUCACAAAACGCUGGUGGGUGUAAAACGAACUAGGCUUAGAUGGUCUACGAACGAGAUACACAAGUGUUGGGACCUCCUUCCACGGUGUUCAGGUGCAUUUUCAGAUCAAGAUUCUCUGCAAAGAUAUGGUCGACAUUAUGACGGUGGUGUGAAGGCAAAAUUUAAUGUAAAUCAAGUAGCAUUUACACAGGUUGUCAGCUACAACUUGAGCAGGAAAGGACAGUGGGGAAGAGCAUCCUGGAGGCUGUUCACCCACAGCCACUACAGCCCUCUCAACGUCACGGUUAAUGGCAUUCCCUGCAUUCUCUUCUGGGCCAAGAGGAUCAUGAUUAAGUUUGAAAACCACACGCAGCUGGAUUUGACGGAGAAGACAUUUGGUGUCCAUGCAACAGUGGAUGUUGGAGAUUCCAACUGCAGUGAAGACAAUGCAAUGCUUUCUCUGAAGUUUGGUGAUGUUGGCAAUCUAAAGGGGCUUGUUAUUAGAUUCUUAUUAACAACCAGCUAUUACCAGCUGUCUGUUCAGAACUGGUUCAGUUUACACAAACUGCAACUUCUUUACAACCACUCCAUACAAGCGACAUUUAAUGCAACCAGAAUAUAUGCACCGGCAAGUUACUCCUACCACUGUGAACAUGUGAGCAGCUUGCAAAGAUAUGAUGCACUCCUCAUACCCAGCUCUGCAAAUGAUCUUUCAAAGCUUUGGGAAGUCACUUUUACUGAUUUCCAGAUUCAAGGUUUUAACAUUCAAGAAGGACAUUUUGCCUAUGCAAAAGACUGUGCAACCUUUUUCUCUCCAGCAAUACUUAUGGGAUUGGUUAUGUCGCUGAUUCUGCUGCUGGUUCUUGCCUAUGCUCUUCAUAUGUUGAUCUACCUGAAAUCUCUUGACAGGCACUAUGAAUACAAAGCUUCUUCUGCCUAUUUUGCACAGAUGAAAGACAAUGACAUGGGGGAUGAGAAAGAGCCGCUGAGAAGCAGUGGGAAUGAGUCCGAUGAACUUGGAAACCAACAGUUCUAUAAAAUCUAUAUUUAGCAGUAUGCAUCUGUCUCUCUGAAACAAGUGGUAUUUCCUUCUGCUGGCACUGUUGUAUGUAGUUUGUGCAGAUUUUUCACCAACUGAUGAAAAAAAAAGUAGGUAACAGACUGUUUAGCCAGUUACUGUCUGUUAUUUAUUGAUAACCAUCUCAAAGAUGCCUUGGGAAACAAGAUGAGAGAAAAAAAUUCCAUUGUGAGUAAGGGAUUUCAUGUGAUGGGAGUUUAUUCCUGUAGUACAAAACCAAAAUGCAUAUCUUUUCAGCCAGCUUACCAAGUCCUGAAGAGAGAAUCAGUAAUGGAGCUUUUGAAAUGAAAUAAAGAUACAAAAA